AUGAAGGCUGCCGUGUUCCUGCUGCUCACCCUCCUGGUGCCCGCGUACCACACAGAGGCUCAGUGCAUCAUUGACAAUGCGGUGGAUCUGAAGGUGCAGGCAGCGAUUAGUUCCAUAGUGUCCUCCACCCUGGCCAAAGCCAAGCUACUCUGCCAGAACGUUUGGGCAAAUGGGGCACUUGUCUCCUGCCCAGCAGGGUACAAGCCCACAAGCUGCGCCUGCGGAAUGGGCUGUGGCUCCUGGGACAUUUGCUCUGACUCCACCUGCCACUGCCAGUGCGGCGGCAUCGACUGGACGUCCGCGCGCUGCUGCAAGAUAGGGCUGGAGUGA